AUGGCAGACGCAGUGGUUCAACUUCGGUGCGGUGUCAAGAACGACUCAUGGGGAAAGAAAGGCAAGGAAUCGAUCGUCGCUCAGCUCUGGUCGAAAUCUCCGAACAACGACCCGAUCGAUGAAUCCAAACAUUACUCUGAGAUGUGGCUGGGCACUUAUCCUUCGAACCCAUCCUAUCUGCUUUCCACCGGGGAGCAUCUCGGGGAGUAUAUCGAGAAGAACCCUCACCUUGUCGGUAAGUCGGUGCACGAUCGGUGGGGAGCGGAGAUUCCAUUCUUGCCCAAGAUUCUAUCUUUCAGCAAAGCGCUGCCUCUUCAAAUCCACCCAGACCUCACACUCGCGGCGCAGCUACACAAGGAAGACCCGAAAAAGUAUGGCGACACCAUGCACAAGCCGGAAAUUGCAAUCGCGCUGUCCAAAUUUGAGCUUUUCGCCGGUUGGAAGCCGUUGGACCACAUCGAAACACUAUUCAGGCUCAAUCAUCUGGGAAAAUACAAGCCCCAAGGAACCGAGUUCAACGACGAGGCUCUGCGCCAAGUCUGCAAGGCUCUACUGAAUGCACCACCUAAGGAAGUGGUUCAGACAACGAAGGAUCUCCAGGCCAUCCCAGAGUCUCACUUUGGAGCCCAUUCCUACAUCCCAAGUCUCCUCGGCCGGCUCGCGAAGCAAUACGGUGAAGACGACAACGGUAACCUCGUCGCCGCCCUGCUGAUGAACUAUUUGACGCUUGGGCCUGGCGACUCCGUCUUCGUGCCUGCAGACAGCAUUCACGCCUACUUGGAAGGUGACAUCGUGGAAUGCAUGGCGCGGUCAGACAACGUCAUCAACACCGGGUUCUGCCCAGCCGCUGAUCGCGACAGCGUCGAGCUAUUCGGGGAGGCAUUGAGCUUUACGCCACACAAGGCGGACGAUGCGCUUCUGCCGCGUCGCAAGAGUGAUAAAGGCAUGAAAGGGAAGACGGACGUCUAUGCCCCGCCCAUCAGCGAGUUCGCGGUCCUGUGUACCACGCUCGGCGCGGGGGAGACGGAAACCCACAAGGCUAUCUUGGGCCCUAGCCUGAUGGUCAUCACAAAGGGGUCUGGACAGAUAAAGAUUCCCGGCAAUCAAACCAUCGAACUAAGUGAGGGGUGGGUGUUCUUUGUUGGGCAAGGUGUGGCCUUGGACUUUGCCACGGACAAGGGCAUUGCGAUUUAUCGGGCGUAUGCGGAGUGA